AUGGAGGAGAUCAAAUGCGAGAAGCACAAUGAACUGUGCUUCCUAAAAACCGGAUUAAAGGAAGGACCAACAAAUGGUGUUAGUUUUUAUAUCUGCAGCCAAUCAGCCACUUGUGGCUUUGUAAAGAAAUCUGGACUUCAAAAACUGGAGUGUCCAAAGCAUCACACAACUGUAGAUCUUCAGUCCAUAUUCUGCUCAAAGAAAAAUGAUGAGAAAAGGCAAUAUUACAGGUGUUGUAAGAGAGACUCACAUGAGAACUGGUGUGGAUAUUUUAAUCUAAGAAAGGAGUCUGGUAGACCUCUGGGAGACUAUAACUACCAAGAGAGAAAGAAGUCAACUGAAAGUAAGGCAAAGGUAAUGGCCUCAAGAGAAACAGAAAAGCCAUCAAGAAACUCCUCAGCUAAAGUAGACUCGGACAAUGUUUCUUCUUGUGUCCAGAGACGUAUCUCUGAGGAGGAAACAGAAGGAGGUUUGGCUGAGGAACUGGCCAAUCUAAGUAUUGAAGAGGGUGUUCAGCAAUCAGGAAGUGACCAGUCAGAGACUACAAAGCAGAGAGGAAAUAAGUUAAAGUUGAAGAAGACAAGAGAUUCAGGUGUGAGGAAAGAUGAAUCUGCUUUUGAAAAGUAUCGUGAUCUUUCAUCAACCUCUGAAUCUGACAGUAUAGAUAGCUUCGAUUCUCCCUGCUCCAAAAGUAACUCUGCUUUUGGGAUAUCAGACUCUGAACCUAGUCCGACUAAUGAUGAGAAAAAGAGCCAGUCAGAACUGAAGCAAGCCAGUGAGACAAAUGAAACUCCGAGCCAUAGACAUAAAUAUGAAGGAAUUGGGAGGAUCAAAAAGAAGAGCCCCCAGUCCAUUUCACAGACUGACUCCUCCCCGGAGCUUCCAUUGAUACAGAGAAUUAGAAUGAAGUCGGGAGAACAAGUGACAGCUGGUCGUAAAAGCCCCGUAGAAAUUGUCGAGUUGUCCAGUGACGAUGAAGAGGAGAAUCCAAAGGGUGCGGGCUCUUCCUCAAAGAGGCCAACAAGUCCACAGGACAAACAGACCAGAUAUGAACCCCCUCCUCAUGCCGUGCCAAGGGCAAAGGAACUCAACUCAGCCAGUGAGAAUCAACCAGACAAGAGUAGUGUGCCCCUGACUCCUGCCGAGGAGUGGCAGUUACAGUGUGAUAUAGACUCAAGGAAUUCGUUACUUCUGCAAUUAAAUAGGCAAAAGCAUGUUAUAGCAACUGUCAAAAUGUCAAGUUUACCAGAUAAAGGGGAAAAACUCCGCAAGCAGGUGGAUGAUAUUGAAAGAACUGUGUCAAAACUAAACAGGAGAAUUGCUGAUCUGAAAUCAAGGUCUAAAUCUAAAGCUCCUGUCAGUAUAUUACCAAAGCCCUCAGUAACAACGGGUCAGCCCCAAGUGGUCAAGGUUGUCCCUGGAGGACAAGGUCAAACUCAAGGCCAGCCUCAGGUCAUCAAAGUUUAUUCAGCAGGAGCAGAUGGACAGCAAAAACUCAUUCAUGUUGCUCAGCCAGCUGCACAGAAAUCAGGACCCACCAGUAGCUAUGUCCCUCACAACCCCCAGGGACUUAAACAGACCAGCAUACUGCCUCAUGCUACCACCAUCCCCCCACAUAUACUGCAACAAUUGUAUGCAGCAAACCCUCAGGCCCAGACUCUGUAUGGAGGAAGGAUGACUGCAGCUAGAUUGAGAGAGGUAGGAAGUGUAACCAAGGAAGCCAUCGAAAAAUUACACAAACAACUAGAGACCUGUCCUGAUUCUAGUACAGAGGUGGAGGACCCUAAAGGGCUGAAGGUGUCACUGAUGACUCACCAAAGACAGGCUCUGGCCUGGCUUACCUGGAGGGAGGGGCAGCACCCACCAGGGGGAAUCCUAGCUGAUGACAUGGGGUUGGGUAAGACCCUGACAAUGAUAUCAUUAGUGCUAAAACAGAAACAACUCAAACCAAAAGAGGAGGAAGAUGAUUGGUUAAACAGAGAUAAACAGCUGGAAAAAGUGGGAAAGAACAUCAUUAAGUCUAGAGCCACAUUAAUUAUCUGUCCUGCCUCAUUAAUUCACCACUGGCACAAAGAAAUCGAGAGAAGGGUUAAAGGGAAGAGAUUGCAGGUUCUGAUGUAUCACGGACAGAACAGGGAAAAAGAUGUACUUAGACUUGCUGAUAAUGACAUAGUGCUAACGACUUACACGCUUGUUGGGAAGGAGGUGGGAGCUGUUAACGUAGAUGCUGAUGCCCCAGCUAGAGAUGGAGAAGAAGCAACAGAGCAGAAACCAGAGAGCACAGGGUCCAAGACAGAAGACCCGACUUUAUUGCGGAUUGUUUGGGAGAGAAUCAUUCUGGACGAGGCCCACAACAUAAAGAACAGGAAGAGUUUAACUUCAAUGGCUGCCUGUCGUCUGCGUGCUCAGUUCCGCUGGACCUUGACUGGUACCCCUAUACAAAAUGAACUGUUAGAUGUCUACUCUUUACUCAGAUUUUUACGAUGCUCACCUUUUGAUGAAUAUAAAGUUUGGAAAAGACAAGUGGAAUCUAGCAAAGCUGGUGGGAAUGACAGAUUGAAUGUUCUCAUUAAGAGCUUGUUAUUGCGGAGAACAAAAGAUCAGAUUGAUAAAGCCGGAAAACCUCUGGUUUCUUUACCAUCAAAGUCAUCCUCUGUCCAUGAAAUAGAACUCUCUAAAGAAGAAAAAAUGGUGUAUGAGAAACUGUUUUCUCAGUCCAGAUCUGUGAUGAAAGACUACCUGAAAAGGCACGAAGACAAGGAAUUAGGGAGGGACACCCGCCCCCAGCCUUCCAUAAAUCCAUUCAGGGAUCGACCAGAGGGGGAACCAGUGGGCAGUCAGAGGGGUGGACUGGCUGUAGAAGAAUCGGGACGGUCCAGCGGUCAGAUGAUCCUGGUUAUGUUGUUGAGGUUGAGACAAUGUUGCUGCCAUCUUAGUCUGAUGAAGGAAGCCUUUGAUGAGGAGACUAAAGAAACAGAGGGACUAGAACUGGACAUUGUUGAUCAGAUGAAGGACUUGAUGCUAGAGACAGGGGAACCUGAAGAAAAGACCAAACUGACCAGGGAUUCGCCCAUAUUCAACACUGCAGCCAUGAGCACUAAGCUAAAGGCUGUAAUGGAUAAACUCUAUGAAAUAAAGGAGCUACCAGACAAACAAAAAAGUGUUGUGGUGUCUCAGUGGACAAAGAUGUUAGACAUUUUGGCUCAUCAUCUGAAGAAUGCAAGAAUAAAAUACACUAUCAUCCAAGGUUCUGUAUCAGCAAAGAAAAGGAUGGAGGCUGUAGAGGAGUUCAACACAAAUAUUCAUGGACCAGAGGUCAUGCUGGUGUCACUCAAAGCAGGGGGUGUCGGCCUUAACCUUAUUGGAGGGAAUCACUUGUUUCUGAUAGACCAACAUUGGAAUCCUUCCUUGGAAGAUCAGGCUUGUGACAGGAUCUAUAGGGUGGGUCAAACCAAGGAUGUUUUUAUACACAGAUUCUUGUGUAAAGACACUAUUGAAGAAAGGAUUGUUGCACUUCAGCAGAAAAAACAAGACCUGGCAAAGAGUGUCUUGACUGGGUCCGGAGGAGUGAGUUCCCGUUUGACCCUAGAUGACCUCAGAAUGCUGUUCGGAGUUUGAUUUUAAUCAGUGGACUUGAUAGAAAUGAUAAUUUUAGCUGAUUUUUUACAAUAUUUAUUACACAGAGCUAUACCAAGGGUAUAUAAUA